UGAUAUCAACAAUCUACAUGAAAUAUUUAAUUGAGGGGCUAAUAAACCAUACUGUAUUGCAGAGAUAGUUCACAUUCUCGUUGUUGCUCGUUAAGUGAGAAUAUCCGAUAUAUAGACUGACCAAGUCUCAAGGGAGGUAACCACUUUUUUGUUGCAAAAUUUCCAAGAUGGCGGAAAGCGGAGACGCAACAUCAACAAAUGCGAAGCCAGCAAUCACAGAGGUUCAUCUAGAAGAUGAGACAACGCAAAAAGUCGACAUGUUUGAAGGAGCCACAUUGGACAUAUCCGGGGAGGACGGGGAACACCCACCGGACGUGGACUUCGCCGGUCCGGGUCUAAAUCGCAACCGGCCUGGCUCAACCAUCGGUCGUCAGUCGGUCCGCAGUACAACCAGCAGGACCACAAUGAAGCCCGGAGGCUACAAGUCAGAGAUAUCAUCGAAAUCGUUUUUCUGUUAUAAGGAGAACAAUCUAACCAAGGCUAUGGACCGUUGCCAGAACGAUUUCUACAAAGAAGAAUUGGAUGGCCAGAUUUUAGGGAAGUGGCUCCUUGCAGAGAUUGAUCACUGGGACCAUGAGAGAGAGAAGAUCCUGAUUCUUGCAGAGAAUUCUGUCCUCAUCUUUCGCUACAACUUCAUCACAGACACGGUGAUAGAAAAAAAGCGAGUGAUGCUGCAUGUUAUUGACUCCAUUCUUCUUGGGGACUUCACCUACCCUGACUGGUCUAUUAUGCCAAUGGUGUCAUCAGACCAUGCUCAUGGUGGUAUACAAAUCAAGUGGAACAGCGGGGAGCCGCCCACAUUUGGUCAGCGCUGGAACCCGUGGUGCGCCACCAUCCCGUGGGUGUGCCUGGCCCACCACCCACUGCUGUACAACCCACGGGAGAACGAGACCGUCACAUUCAAUGUGGAUGAGUUCUAUGAGUCUCUGCUGGACGCGGUGAGCAAGGCGUACGGCCGCAAGAGGCCAGGGGAGAGGGUGACCGUGGUGGAGGGGCCCAUACUGAUCCAGAGCUACGCAAGCAUAUCCUCCAUCAUAUUCAACCAGUCCAACAUUGGGUACUUCAAGGAUAGGAAUGGAGUCUGCUUCUGAGUAAAUAGACAGAACUGUAAACGUUAUGGAUCUUGUUGAUGUAUUUAUUUGUUUGUCAGUUGCAGAUAGUCUCAUAUGGCGCCAGAAAUCCAGUCAUGGUGACUUGUCUCAACAGAUUUAAUCUUGUUAGACUUCUGUCCAGAUAAUCACAUUUGUGUUUAUGAAGUAUUUGUGAAUGUAUUUCUGUGAUUGCAUGAAUUAUAAUGAAAUCCUUUGUCGUCUGUGAUCCUCUACCGUAUGGCAGGGCAGGGUAUCACUGGGGCAAAAAAGUUGUCACCACUAAAAUUGGUUGCUCAAACUUGGAGCCAAUGUUAGUAAAAUAAUAAAUAUCAGUUUUUUAUAUUGACACCGUUUAAGUCUUAACAAACAUGUUACCACUUAGUAUCAUAAACUUCAUUUUGGUGAUUGAAAUUUAACAUUUCUAUUGUUAGCUAUAGGUGAUGUAUAUUUAUCAUACUUUACUUCAACUCACAAUCUAAUGUCAAUAUUGUUAAUAGUUUUGUUGGGUUGCCAAAAUAUAAAACAAUAUCAAAAUAACCCUUUACUUGCAGUGUGCUAAAUCCUCCUUCCAAACAAGAUCUUUAUGUGUUGAAAUAACAACUGCCUGCCCCUAUUUAUGUUACAAUAUAUCAUGCCUGUGGGCAGACAGUGUUUUUAAGUGCAGCAAUCAAAUGAAGAUGCAUAUUUGGUUUUCCAUGCUGUAACUCAGCCUUGCUCCAGAAUAAAGGGAACCAGCAUUUCAUAUAAAAAAAGAUGCAAUUUUUUUUAAUUUUCAUCUGCAUUAUGAUUAAAAAAUCAAAAUAUUGCAAACAAAAUAAUUACCAAAUAAAUCAGAAGAUUGAAAAAAACACAUGCUUAUUUUGAUUUCAAUCAAGUGUGUUUCUGCCUAACCAAUCGUGAAGUAGAUGCUGUGACAUCAGAGAUAAGCAUCGUUAACAAUAGGCUUAUGAGUGAUCUGAUAACAAACAGUGCCUUUGGGGUUUGUUUGUAUACAAUCUUAUGACUUAAUAUGCUCCAGUUAUGUGCCAAACUUAGUUUUUUGUAAUACAGAUAAAUAAAGUCUACAAUUAAGAUGUAAGCAAUGAAAUUUGCCACCUUGAAAACUUUGUCACCACUUUUGAAAAAUGCUUUGCCGGUUGCGACUUGGGCAUAGAGCAGUGGAGCCCCUGCAAGUUUACAUACUGCAGUCAGUUAGCCUGCCCACAGCAUGCUGUCUUCUCUUUAACUAGUACUGUAGUCAUCAACCUGGGACACUAUUACUGUUUGCUAAUUGAUGAAACUGUCCCUUAUGAUACAGAACACAUGAAUCUGAUGUGUUUAUUGUUAGUGUGUUUUCUAACUUAUUGUUACGUGUCAGUACACAUUGCAGUGCACUAUUUAACUUUUUUAGUGUGCCUGUUGUUUGACUACUUCAGGGCCAAAACCAUGUUGAUAGAGACUCAUCAUUGUGUAGUAUGACCAUAGCACUUUAAUGUAAUCUUCUACUUGAGCUAUUUUGUUGUUAAUAUUUUUAUUUUGUAAUGUGCCUUUCCUUUUGUACUUAUUGUCAUUUGCAUUUUUUAAAAAUUAGAACAGAUUAUGUUUGCAAGUGAGUUUUGUUAUUUACAUUUUUUUAAAUUUGAACAGUGAGUGUUAGUAGGUGAAUAUGUAUGUAUCAACAUAAUAAAUUAAAGACCAUUAAUGUUGAUAUAUAUAUAUAUAUAAAUAUGAUAUUUAUAUCAUGGAUUGAAACCGUCUCUGAUUUUUUUUUAAUUUUAAAAUUUCAAUAUGGUUCUCAAAGCUGCAUAGGUAACCAAUAGCAUAGUCUAGAGUUACUGUUCUUUGUUCACUAGAAGUAGAUAAGAUGAUUCUGAUUUUGUAUAUUAUUUAGAUAAUAUUACAUGAAUCUUCACAUAUUUAUUUAUUAUGAAUUUUUGCAAUUCGAUGAUUGCAUCAACAUUUGAUAACUGAAACAUGGUUCAUUUUCACCUAUAUUUACUUUUGAGAGAUGACAGUUAUGCAUACAAAAAUGCAACAUUUAAAUGUAACAUAUUUUUGUUAGUUUUUACUACGAUUGAAUCAGUUAAAUACAAACAAUAAUUAAGAUCUAAAAAGUUUGUUUUCAAUGUGUUAACUUGUGCAGACUGCACAACGCUAAUGCAUUUAUACUUUUUGUGUGUUGGGUUGUCAGUUUUGUUUAAAUUCUCGAUACAAUUUCUGUUAAUAAUUGUUUAAUCUGCUCCAUGUCUAGUAGGAUUUGGUAAUUGAUUGGUGUGUUUCUAAAUGUAAAGUGUAAAUUUGUUGCAUUUACUACUGUGUUUGGAAUACAUGUAGUCUAAAAUUAUAAAAUAAAAAAACAAAAAAGAAAUAUCAAAUUGUCUUUCAUCACAAUUUCAUUCUAGUUCCAUUGAGAGAAAAUGAUAAUAUACAUGUGUAGCACCUGUCCAUUGAGACUUUACGAUAUUUUUAAAUAUCCACAUAUUUAAUGGUUUGGUACACAUAUUUCCAAAUGACCCAUGAAAAGCAUUACAUAUCUUUAUUAUUUUACUAUUUUGGAUAAAGGAUUAUAUAGUAUGUAAUAUAAUAAUAAUAUAUAAUAUGUUUGUUAAUAAUUACCCUUCUCGAAAUAAAAUACGCUUUUUAACAAAAUACACUUUAAGAAGUGCAUUUAUUCUGCGCUUUCUCCAAAAAAGUGUAUUUUUUCUGCGUCUUUCGUUUUAAAAGUACACUUAAGUGCAUUAAAGUGUAUUUUUCGAAAUUAGAGCGCGUUUUUUUCAUAAUCUUUUGAAUUGCCAAGUGUAUUUUUUCUGUACUUUUAUAUGAUUGAGUGCGUCUUUUCAAUGGAAGUGUAUUUUUAACUAUAUCUUUUCCAAGACAGUGUGUCUUUUCAAUUUAAGCGUAUUUAAGUGUAUUAAUAAGUGUAUCUUUUCUGGGUCUGAACAUAUUUUAUACUUUUCAUACAUUAUAUAUUAGUAGUAAAAAUUUUGUAGUAUUUACAAAAACAACACAAAUACAAGUGUUAUGUAUGACAUUAUCAAAUGUUUAUUGAUUAUUUGAAAACAUCAAGAAAAAAAUACUAUUCAUAAUAAAUUUUUUAACAACAAUGCUUAACAGCUUUAAAAAGCACAAGUUCAACUAAAUCAGGCUGUGGGUCACUUAUUAAAAAUACUGAAUGUGUCAAAAAUAUUAUGUGGGCUUCUGGCAAGCCCACAUAAUAUUUUUGAAAGCCCACAUAAUAUUUUUGACACUUUCAAUAUUUUUAAUAUUUAAAUUAUAUUUUCUCAAAUUUCUUAUACUGAUAUUUAACCCAAAUAAAAUUAAUAUCUACCACAUUGUCUACUAAACUCAUUUUUUAAAGGCAAUUAAACUAAUAUUUAUAAUAGAAUUAUAAUUUUCUAACACCUUUCAGUAUGUCAAAUUGAAAUAUUCACAAAUAAAUAUAAUAUGCUAAGGGUUAUGUGCAUGUAUUGUAAUUUGUGAUUUCAUAAACAAUAAACAGAUUGUCAUUUCUCAGUAAUGAUAUUCAAUUUAAGGUCACAAAGAGAAGAAUUGUUAUCAGUGAUGUGUAUUAUUCCAUAAAUAUUUUGGUGUUGAAAUGUGCCUUUAUCAGUAGAUAUAUCUCAAGCUGACACAACAGAUAAAAGAUCAGCUCUCCCCCAAUUAAAUCAAAUAUGCAUCAUAAACACUAAUCUCUUAUCAGUGAUGCAGCAAUGCCUAACAAAGGGGUGCAUAUCAUCUGCAUACUUUUGAUUGGUUGAUAGUUUUUGUUUUGAAAACAAGCCACUUUUGAUUGGCUUAGGGCACAGGAAGUAAAUUUGUUUAAACAAGCAGGUGUCAGCAACUGAUAAUGAGCUACAUUUUUAGACAUGAUUUAGCAAAUUAAGAUUUUAAAUUGUACUUGUAGUGUCAAAUGUCUUGAAAUACUGUCAGCAUGAAGUAUUGUGUGAUGAAAACAAAGUGUAUUUACUACAAUGUAGUAAAUCAAAGGAGGUCCAAAGUGGCUGGAUACUGAAGAACAGUUGUAACAGGUAAAACUCUUGCCCCAAGGAAAGAAUGUGCAUUAUCACCUGCUAAAAAAGGAAGAAACAGGGGGAUACUGACUGAUGUAUGGACUUUAACACCAGGUUUUUACCCUUCAAGAGUUGGCCAACUAGAGUGAAGCAGGAGAGUGGGCUGUGCUUGACUAAGAAAAGCUGGAUUUGUUGAGAGGUAAAACUAUACAGAUCAAUACGCAUUCAAGAUCCUUAAGAAGAGAAGGACACAAGCAACAUCAGUGGUAGAUGUCACUCCAGCCCCUGCUUUUCCGGUCUCGCAUGCUGCUUUCCAGGUCCCUCCAGCUGCCAAGAUCAGGUCUAGGCACUGGCUGCCAUCCAGGUCCCCCUGGCGGUUGCGGUCGUGUUCUCAAAUGGCUGCUGUACUGGACUACUGGUCCCACCACCAUAUUCGGUCAAGGUCUCUCCAAAUGCUGAAGUCCAGGUUCCUCCGGCCACUGCGGUUCAGGUACCCCCAACAGCUGUGACCUAGUUCUCUGCAGCAGCUGCGAUCUAAAUAUAUUGACCCACUGCGGAACACUGCGGUUAAUCGUUUUUUCCAUACAAUCUUCCACAAAUGCCUCAUUUUAUAAUGAAGUGUACAAUUCUUAUGUUCAUAUUUGUUUGUGUUAUAAAGAUGAUUUUCCUGCACAUUGUGUUUUUUUCCCUUAAAACUGCAUGGGGCUAUUACUUUUUUUACUGAAACAUAUCAGCACAAAAUUGUAAAAGACUUUAACAUACUUUAAUACAAAAAAGUGUUUAAACCCACAGGAAACCACCUUGCCAAAAACCCACAAAAACUUACUGAGCAGGUUAUUGUUUGCCAAAACCUAGCGAGUGUGCGUUUCAUUGUCCAUAUGCUUAUAAAUUUAAUAAUUAGAAUGAAUUAUCUUUAAUGUAUUUUUUUUAGAUAUAUAAACUCAAGAAACUUACAUAAUUUUUGCGCCACAUUACAAGUUUAUUUGAAUUUGUGUCACUCCUAAGAUUUUCCCACGGCCUCCGAAUGUCUCUCUUACCCUCUGAAAGUGUUUGUGUUUAGAAAUUAUUUAUAACGUUAUUUUUAAUAAAUAAAUCUAUUUCAGACUAUAAAAUACUGUUCUAGCUGUUGAUAUGUCCCCUUUAUAGUUAAAACUGAGAUAACUUGUGAGUAAAUAGUUGUAAAUGGUUGUAUAUAUUUCCAAGUUUGGAAAGUUAUGUAGAUCUCAAAUGUGCUUUCAUGUCCAUAGUGCUUAUAUAUUUAAUAAUAAGAACGAAUUAUCUUUGAUGUCAUUUUAGGUUUUUUCAUAUAAACUCGAAAAACUUAAAUAAUUUGUGCGCCACAUUACAAGUUUGGCAAGAAAAAAUCUUUAACAAUAUUAAAAACCAUGAGGAUUGAGAAAGAUUUAAAAAAAACUAUUUUGCUAUUUGACAAUUUGGUAAGCCUACAUGUAUGUCUUUGUCUUUCAACAUAUUUUAUUUGCCAUUGUUAUUUAUUGUGAUAAUGUUUGAAAAAAUUGUAUAUUGACAUGUUUUUUUUCAAUGCAUUCUUUGUAUGGAACAAUGUAAACCAAAAAGUAUAGGGACAGGGGGAAGCAGUUGCAGAGGAAAGCGGAAAAGCUUUUAAGCACCCAUAGAAUGGCCUUAACUACUUGUUUAUUUUAAAAUGAUUUAUGUGAAUAAAUGUGUUUAUUUCAAAGUU